AUGUUCAAACACUGGGUGCCAUUUGGGUGGCCGUAUGGAUUCGCCUCUCAAACACACGAUGCGAAAUCACCCAAACCGAUGAGUCGUCGAACCUCCCGGUCGUUCAGAAAUACAAUAUUCUUCCUGUUAUUGGUCUCAGUCUUGACUUGGCAACUCAUCGCCAGUCAAAAAGAUUUGAGCACCCUUCCCUAUCUCCGUCAGACUGAGGAUCACUCGGGACCUCGCGUCGCUAUUGUUGUUUUCAUAACAAAGCCGCAGACUUACAUGCACCUCUCUCUUCAAAACAAAGAUAGAUAUGCGAGACUUCACGGUUAUGACCUUUUCGUUGAUUACGAGUCUAAUUCCUCACGAGGCACGACAUGGCUAAAGUUCGACAUGGUCGAACGCGUAAUCAAAGCCAAUCAACACGACUGGGUAUGGUAUUUGGACUUUGAUACGCUUAUCACAAAUACCAGCGUAAGCUUGACGAACCUGAUUUCCGAGAACCUGGCGAAUGUGACAAUGCCAAAUGACAUUGAUCUGCUUGUCACAGACGAUUGCAACGGACUCAACGAUGGUUCGUUCAUUGCACGAUCCUCAGCGCGCUCCAUAGAGUUCCUCAAUGGAGUACGCGCUCUCCACGACAGGGAAGAGGUCCUCGGUGGAGUUUCACUGAGCGACCAAGACUCGAUGGCCCGAUUUCUGAAGACCAAGGAUCCUCUUGUCCAGCAUGCGAUGCGUAUCCCGCAGUGGACGAUCAAUGCCUUCCCAGAAGAAAUCGGUUGCUACGAUACACACAAAAGGAAAUGGGAGAAGGGCAUGUUUGUAAUCCAUUUCGCGGGUGCCUGGGCUCAUGUAUCUGGUGAAGAUCCUACUGGUCAGCUUAUGAAGAAGUAUGAAGGUGACAUUAUUUACUAA